GAAGAAGACAGCCGCGCGGCAUUUCAAAAACGGCGGUUGGAGACGAGACAAGGGAGUGGAUUGGCUCCUUCGUGUGCUUCCUGGGCCAAACACGGAUGAGGCCUGGAAGGGUUGCCAUGGCUACGCUGCCCUUCGCGUGCGCUAGGCCUCAGUGAGGCAGUUCAGCAGAGAUUCCUUCCAGAGCCUUGUCUGUUGAAGAGAUGUUACCACCCAAGAAGGAGCUGCAAGAGCAGCAUCUCCAGAGAACAGCUAAAGUGAAAAGGAGACCACAGUCAGUGGUAGUAAACUGGAACGUCUUGGCAGAGAGGAACCAGCAGGUGACUCCUGUCGGAGCUUGGGUGGAGAGUACCCAAGAUGAUGCCGAGCAGGAGGAGAGCCCGGCUUUUUCUAUAGCAGCUCAAGUUGAACAAGAAUACAAGGAACAACAAAAAGAAAAAGAAUGGAUGCUAAAACGUUUUCAGGAAGAAGUGAAACACAGGGUGAACCAAUGUGUUAAAAUGCGGAGAAAGCAGCAGCUGCAAAAGUCCUAUGAAGCAGCUCUAAAAGAAGGUUCUGUGAUGACAGGAUUUUCAGAAUCUGCAUUACAGUUGACCCCUAAGAAAAACACAUGUUUAUACAGAAGCAACACCGAUUCUACCAUCUGCAGGUCUGGUAGUAGAGUCCCCUCUGUGGAAGGAGCUAGAUUUAUGGUAGAAAGGGGAGAAAACCCACAAGCCAAAACUGUUACAAAGACUGUGCAGCAGACUAUCCGUCACAAACUUGCUUCACGAAAGGCUGCGCCAGAUGCGAUUCCUCCAGAACUUCCAGGAGGUCCUUGGGAGAGCUGUCCAGAUAAAGAGUUGCCAGAAUCUUGCAAGACAACUUCCGUAAAUGCAGAAGAUGAAGAUUUCCUUCUUACAGGACAUCAUGACCUCCCUGCAGAACUGCAAGAUCAAGAACAGGAGCGGUGGAGAAAGGAUGGGGAUUAUAUCAUAGAGUUUAAAAAAGUUAAUAGUGAGAUACUGAACGGAACCUGCCCAGAGGACUAUGCAGCAUCUGGCACCAAAACUUGGUCUCCUCAGAUACUUUGGCCUGGAAGAGAGAGAGAAGAGUCGAAGAAGCAGCGUCAAAGUCAGUACCUAAGAUACCGGCGACUAUUCAUGGAUAUUGAAAGAGAGCAAGUGAAGGAGCAACAAAGACAGAAGGAAUGUCAAAGAAAAAUGGAUAAAAUAAAGAGAGAAAAAGAGCAACAACGUCAGAGAGAGGAACAGAAGAUCACGGAGAAUCAAAAGGCAAAGGAACCAGCAACACAGGAACGGCUCUCCCAGGGGGGUGCUAGUUCCAGGGAAAAGGAACAUCUUAAAUUGGAACAUCUUAAACUAGAAGACACAGAAGAGAGGAAAGGGAUCAUGGAAAAACAGCAACGGUGUAAGGAAUAUGCUCGAUAUGCAGAAGCACUACGCGCCCAGAUGCGGGAGAAAAUCAAAAUGUACAAUAUCAAUUUGCCUCCAUUGUGCUUCUGUGGGUCAGAUUUCUGGGACUCUCAUCCAGAUAGUUGUGCCAACAACUGUGUGUUCUAUAAAAAUCACAAAGCAUAUGCCCAGGCGCUGCAAUCUGUCAUCUCAUCUUGUAAUGUUCUUGAUGGUGGUUCAAACACAAGACUUGCUGUUCAUACUUUUGCUACAGUAUACGCUCGUUCAAAGAAUUCAUGAAAAAUGACUCUUAAGAUUUUUGAAAUACUUCCCAGAAUCUCCUGGUUGCUGGAUUGUAUCAAAGGUUUCCCUCCUCAAAUGUUGGUCAUGCAGGAAAGUUCUUUCAAAGACUUGAAGUGACAGGACAGCAUUAUUGGUAACAAAGCUGCUGCUAAAAUGCAGAAUUUGUUGAAAUUCUUACGUUUAAGGAACUUAUGUGAAAUUAUGCAUCUUAACACAUUCCUGGGUGAAUCCUAGUAAAUACAAAGAAGUCUAUAUGGGAGAGUUUUUUUUUAUUGUACCUGGACAAUUGGAAACCUAGAAGUAUGCAAUCACAUCUUGAGAGGGUAACAUUUUCUUUCUCAUUAAUAUGAAUUCGUAUUUUAAGCAGGAAUGCUUUUGAGCACCUUCUCUAUUAAGAGAUAACUCUAAAAUGUAGCUGUUGGCAAAGGGUGGUGUUAUGAGAUACCAGAUUCAUUUGACACUCAACUUUCCCAUAUGUAAAUGCUAGUAUUUAUAGUUAAAACCAUAUUGUUUUGAGUAAGUUGCAGGAAGAUUGUUCAUUGCAGUUGACCAAUUCAAUAAAGAUGUUUAAUUUAUAUAUAGAUAUAGAUAUAGAUAUAUAUAUAUAUUUGUCAGCUCUGAUGGUCCGGGUUACACAAACGUCAUCUCAUACACAAAAUUAUUUUUAAAAUAUUAUAUAAAAUUACCUUCAAGUGAUGUAUAUAUGAAACAUACAUGGUUUUCAUGUCUAGACUUAGGUCCCAUCUCUAUGAUUAUGAAUGUAUAUGGAAAUACAGCUAUUCCAAAAUCCAAAAAAUUCCAAAGCAUUUUUCAGCCAAAGCACUUUAGAUUAGAGCUACUCAAGCUGGCCCUGAAAUGUGAAUUCUGUUGUGUCUGUUUUUAAUGGAUUCAUUUUGAAAAGUGUGAAAUGCUUUGUGGUAUCUUAAGGCUGGGACCAGCCUAAGGGAUUGCUGUGGUUGAUAUAUUCAGAUACAGAAAGGUGAAUGCAUAGUGUACAAUAAAAUUGAUGGGAGUGCACAAUCCAGUGACCAUUAAGCAGCUUGAAACAUCUACAAUGUCCAGGCCUUAUGUUUCCCUGGACAUCAACUUUUCUAUUUGUUACCUUGUUUGGCUUUAAACAGCAUAAAAUCUUAAACUGUGUUUGAAUAUAAGUGUGGGAAAAUGUAGGCUCCCCAAGAAGUAACAAGAACUAUAAUGUUUAAAGAAGACUAGGUUCAAGAUAUAGAGGAGCUGGAAAAAACUGCUAUAGUGCCUGUAUAACAUAAUAGACAACACAAAUAACACUGGCAAUACUGUGUUUAAGAUGGAGAUAUAUGGAAAGUUCAUGUUACAGUGUAUGGGAUUUAUGGUUCAAGUACGUUUUCUAAGAAAUGGGCCUAUCCCCAAUCUUAGCUUACCUGAGAUAGCCUUACUGGGUGCGGCCAGGACCUGCCUGUUUUUCUUCAUCAGCGUAAAUGGUCACUUGAUUCAGCAUGUAGAAACUUUGGCUAAAGUUAUAUCUUAACCUGCUAAUGAAACCGAUAUGUGCUCGCUCAUUAAUAGUAGUGUCCAAUAAAAAUAAGGCUAUUUUAUUCUUUGA